GACGGAUUGCUAGCGCACCGUGUGCGUGGAAUGUGGUCCGGACGGGUUCGCGCACCGCACAUGCAGGAACCUGGAGCAGAACCGGUGUUUUGAUGUUGGAAGGCCUUGGACACAUUGACGGAGAGUCUCUGGUGAAUUUGUGCCGCUUAGCGAGCUUGACAGUUUUAUACAUUGGAUCAUAUUCCUCUCAAAUCUAAACAUGGAAACCCCAGCCAAAGUAGUGCAAAAAGGGGUACGGAAAAUGCGACCGCCAAAGGCUAAGAUUUCGUUCAGCAAUCCAUUUGUUUUAGAGUGGAGCCCUUUGAAAAGGGAAAAUAUGGAAUUCAUCCUACAGAAGGUACAGGAAACAUUUCAACAGACUAACUUGUACAAACAGGAACCUAUUCAGAGGCCCAGGAAACUAAGGGCUUCCAAGACACCAAAAAAUCAAGAAAAUAGAGCUAUGGAAGGAAACAAUGCAGAAAUCAGCGAAGGCCAAAAGAAGACAGAACAUUUGAAAGAAGACGAUAAAGUGAUCAAGAUUCCAGAGGCCAAACAAGGAUGGACUAAUGUGGAUCUUAGGAAACAGCUGGCCAUUGGAAUCAAUGAAGUAACUCGGGCUUUAGAAAAAGAUGAAUUGUGUCUGGUUCUGGUGUGUAAGUCAGCGAAACCCCCUAUGAUGACCCAGCACCUCAUACAGCUGAGUGCAAGUAGAACUGUCCCUGCCUGUCAAGUUGCCCGACUGAGCGAAACGGUGGCACCUUUGCUGGGUUUAAAAUCCACACUUGCACUGGGAUUUAAAAAUAAUUCAGAGACUUUUAUUGAAAUGAUUAAUGCCAUUGGCCCACAGGUGCCUCCUUUAAAUGUUUCGUGGAUGCAGCAAAGUCAGCAAGUUGAGAGUGCCCCAGGAUUGGAGUCACUGGACUUUAAAGAGACCAGUGAAAUGCCAAAGAGUGAAGAAAUGGACGUCGCACUUCCACAAAAUCUGAAGCGUAAAUUCGAAUCAAGAGAGGUUCCUUUAGAAUUGUGCAAUACAAGGAAGCAAGGAGCAGGAGUGACAUUGCUACCUUUGAAAAUAAAGAAGGUGUUUCCAAAUCCAAAUAAAAUUCGAAAGCCAAAAAAGAAAAAGUAACAAUCAGGUGCUGGGAUUCUAAAUUAGAACUGGAAAAUGCUGGGAAUUGCAUAACGUCAGUUAUCAUUUGUGGACACAACAGACCAAGAUAAAACAUGGUCAAGAAUGCUCAAAAUUUUCGACCCAGUUAGCAUUUCACGUCAAUAACCUUUCUGUUUUUAAUAUAGAUUUCAGAUUUCCGCCAUGUGCAGUCUUUAUUUUCUGAUAAAUCAAGGAUUUGUUGAUGGACCCGUUAACAAAACUGAAUUUAAUUGUACAUUAUAAAGGAACAGAAGAGGAAAAAGGUUGGGAACAGUUUCACCAUAUAUAAUGUUAUAAAAUAAAUAUUUCUGGCAAUU